UUGGGCAAGAGGAUAUAGAGCUGGAUCCAAAAUUUUAAGAUUAGCUUCCUUUUUGGACACAAUAAGUGCAACAUUACAAUUUAUUUUUUAUUUGUACAUAUCUAAAUUUUAUACAAGAAAAUGGUAUGUUCAUUUUAAUGAAGGUGGAAGUGAAUGGGUAUUUUUUAUAUUUGUACGUUUGGUUCAUGCUUUUUCCUGUUUAUUAUACGGAUUAGCUGCAUACUUAUUAGAAGUAUAUCAUGAUGAGGGAGCAGGAGAUUUACAUGCAUAUAUAAAUGGUGUGAUGUUUGUUUUUGCGGGAUUAACAGAAAUUUUUGUAAUAUUUUGCAAUUCCGGAUGCUACUCUAAUUUAUUAUUAUGGCUUGCCUUAGGUGCAGUUUCCUUAUGGUCAUAUUAUUUCGAACCAGAAGUCAACCAUGUCUCCCCAGCUUUACAUGAAACAGAAUUAACAAAUGAUGUUGAACAACAAGUAGAAAAAUUUUCGCGCUAUACUCCAUAUCCUCAAGAUACCAAUCAAAAUGCUUAUUAUCCAGCUUAA